AUGUACUCGUGGAAGAUCGCUAAUAAGUUUAAGUUUGGUCGUUCGAAAGAGGACAAAGAACGGGAAAAGGAAAAAGAACGGGAAAAGUCCAAGGACAAGGAGAAACAUGGGUUUUUCCAUCAUAAAGGUCAUCGCAGUGAAUCGCCAUACAGGGAGCCUCCAAGAGACUCAGCCGACCGAAAGGAAACUAUAGUUGCUUCUACAUCACUUAUAGCGCCUGUGAGACUCUCUACGGAUGUCAACAAAUACUCUACAACCAAUUCCUCGAUAUCCACGGGAAGAGACUCACAAAGGACCACCGGCGAGUUUGACGAUUAUGUGGCAGAUUCUAACGGUGGAAGAAAUGAGCUCGACCAGGCGUACAGUACCGGCGACGAUGAAAGCGCAGAUUUUGGCAGGGACUCAAGUAGGAUCAGUGGAUCCGGUAAUUCUUCCACGACACAGGAUGAAACAGGAACCAACGCGGAACCACUUUUUUCAGGUAUCAUGACAGUCAAAGUUUAUGGUGGUGAGGGUUUCAAACUGCCCGUUCCAAUCACGUCAAAUGUUCAGAUUUUGAAAAAGCUUUUGAGUUCCGGGGUGAUCCAUCAGUCAGCAGAGGAACCAGGCGUCGAUCAGCUGAUUUCGUCUUUGUCUCAAUUAAAGCUCGAAGAAAACGGUGAUGAAGAGAACUUGAUAGAAGGAGACGUAGCUACGCGUUUUAUCCCUGCCACAAUUACGUUGCCAAGCUCAACGGAUUUGAAUCCGCUGUUGUAUUUCACUAUCGAGUUCGAUAAUACUGUCGCGAGCAUCGAGCCAGAAUCAGGCACAAUCUCCAACCUAAAUUUUAACAAGAUUUCCACAUUUGAUGUGACCCGGAAACUGCCUUUUUUGAAGAUUGAUGUCCUGGCCCGUAUUCCCUCGAUUUUGUUACCGUCCAAGGCAUGGCAACAAUCGAAUUCGUCCGAUCCACAUAUUCGCGACGUACUUGAUCGCAUCAACAGCAAUCAAGACAUUCACCUGGACUCUUACAAUUUGCCGUUGACUCUAGAUUUCAAUUCAGCAACAAGUUUCCGACUCUACAAUCAUCAAUGGGUCAGUCUCGAAAGGGGCAACGGUAAGCUCAACGUGAGUGUUGACUAUAAACCUGCCACCAAUAGAUCUUUAAGCAUUGACGAUUUUGAUCUGCUCAAAGUGAUCGGUAAGGGCUCUUUCGGCAAAGUCAUGCAGGUGAGGAAAAAGGAUACGAACAAAGUAUAUGCUUUGAAGGCGAUCCGCAAGUCUUAUAUCGUUUCUAAGUCCGAAGUUGUGCAUACUUUGGCAGAAAGAACUGUGCUGGCUCGUGUUGACAAUCCAUUCAUUGUACCACUGAAAUUCACCUUCCAAUCUCCCGAUAAGCUGUAUAUCGUGCUUGCUUUCAUCAAUGGGGGUGAAUUAUUCUACCAUCUCCAAAGGGAGGGUCGAUUCUCGCUAUCAAGAGCACGGUUUUAUGCUGCGGAGCUGCUAUGUGCCUUGGAAACUUUGCAUAAUCUCGACGUGAUAUAUCGAGAUCUAAAGCCUGAGAAUAUUUUGCUAGAUCAUCAGGGGCACAUUGCCUUGUGCGAUUUCGGGCUGUGCAAGCUGAACAUGAAAGGUCAAGACAAGACAAAUACGUUUUGCGGGACCCCUGAGUAUUUGGCGCCUGAAUUGCUGUUGGGCCAGGGCUACUCGAAAGUGGUUGAUUGGUGGACCCUAGGUGUGCUUUUGUAUGAGAUGCUUACAGGAUUACCACCAUAUUACGACGAAGAUGUGCCAAAGAUGUACAAGAAGAUUUUACAGGAGCCGCUACGGUUCCCGGACGGCUUUGACAAAGACGCCAAAGACUUACUUAUCAGUCUCUUGAGCAGGGAUCCAAAGCGCAGAUUGGGAUUCAACGGCGCUGAAGAGAUCAAAUCUCAUGCAUUUUUCAGCCAGCUCAACUGGAAGCGUUUGUGGAUGAAGGGAUACAUUCCGCCAUACAAACCACCUGUGAUGAGCUCACUGGACACCAGUAAUUUUGAUCAAGAAUUUACAAAAGAACUACCGGUAGACAGCGUGGUGAACGAUUUUCUGAGCGAAAGCGUGCAGCAGCAGUUUGGAGGCUGGACCUAUGUGGGUAGUGAGCAAUUGGGAAGAAGUGUAAGAUGA